UUAAAUAGCUUUCUUUUUCCUUUUUUAGAAAAAUCCUGCAAACAUGUCUCUCUAUCCAUCUCUAGAGGACUUGAAGGUAGACAAAGUAAUUCAGGCUCAAACUGCCUUCUCUACAAACCCUGCCAACCCAGCAAUUUUAUCAGAAGCCUCUGCUCCUGUCUCUCAAGAUGGAAAUCUCUACCCCAAACUGUAUCCGGAGCUCUCUCAAUACAUGGGCCUGAGUUUAAAUGAAGAAGAAAUACGUGCAAAUAUGGCCAUGGUUCCUGGAGCACCAGUGCAGGGGCAGUUGGUAGCAAGACCUUCCAGUGUGAAUUAUAUGGUGGCUCCUGUAACUGGUAAUGAUGUUGGAAUUCGCAGAGCAGAAAUUAAGCAAGGGAUUCGUGAAGUCAUUUUGUGUAAGGAUCAAGAUGGAAAAAUUGGUCUCAGGCUUAAAUCAAUAGAUAAUGGUAUCUUUGUUCAACUAGUCCAGGCUAAUUCUCCAGCCUCAUUGGUUGGUCUGAGAUUUGGGGACCAAGUUCUCCAGAUCAACGGUGAGAACUGUGCUGGCUGGAGCUCUGAUAAAGCCCACAAGGUGCUCAAACAGGCUUUUGGAGAGAAGAUUACCAUGACCAUUCGUGAUAGACCCUUUGAACGCACAAUCACCAUGCAUAAGGAUAGCACUGGACAUGUUGGCUUUAUCUUUAAAAACGGGAAAAUAACAUCCAUAGUAAAAGAUAGUUCUGCAGCCAGAAAUGGUCUUCUCACAGAGCAUAACAUCUGUGAAAUCAACGGACAGAAUGUUAUUGGAUUGAAGGAUUCUCAAAUUGCAGACAUACUGUCAACAUCUGGGACAGUGGUUACCAUUACAAUCAUGCCUGCUUUUAUCUUUGAACAUAUCAUUAAACGGAUGGCACCAAGCAUCAUGAAAAGCCUGAUGGACCACACCAUUCCCGAGGUUUAAGGCCUGGCACGAGGGAUGGGGCUGACCCCUGCAGCCCUCCUUUCGGCACUUCCGUAUUGCGCACAUGAAGCUUCCCGGAGCCAGCGAGCAUAUGCUGCAUGAGGACCUUUCUAGCUUCCAUUAUGGCUGGGAAUCUUACUCUUCCAUUUGAUAUCUUGUCAGAUUUCAAGAUAGUUGUAGCCUUAUCUUGGUUUUACGGAUGUGAAACUUUUCAGAUCACUGACUUUCCUAGACUAGUUUCUCUACUGGAAACCUGAUGCUUUGACAAGCCAUUGUGGUUAGGAUGACUGAUGCGGGCUUAGCGUGUGAGUGGGCCGCCUUCCUCCCAGGUAACAAGCAGCGCUGUUCAUAUUACUUCAGUUCUGUGAGAUAGCUGCAUUUUAACCUGUUACCACAGUGCAUUUAGAAUGACUGCCUUUAACCAUUUUAAGUUGUGUGCGUGUAUGUGUGUAAAACACCAAUUAAGUAACACUGGUUUCAUUCCAUGUAAGCAUUAUACAGUGUAUGUAGGUUGCAAGAAAUUGUAAUGAUUGUCAUUAAAUUGUAACUACCUUCACUUAAUACGCUUGAAAUGUCGCCUUAACUAUGUUAGGCAUCUAGAAAAAGAGCCAAAAUAAAAUACUGCUGCCUUUGUAAAACCCAGAAUGCAGUUCUACAUUAAACUGAAACGUACCCUCGCCCGGACAGUUUAAUGGUACUUCCUGAGCUGUAGCUUAGCUGCUUAGCUGUAGCUGAGGUUUUCUAGUCAUCACAUAUUGGAAACUUGUUGCCAGUAUCACUUUGUAAGAAGCAAAUAGCUCUAUAUUUCAUGUAAAAAUUCUUAUACUAAACAGGAUAGCCCUUGACCCCAUUUUUCAUUGUAGAUUAUGUGGGAUAAUACUUAAUUUGGCAUUUGAACUGUAGCUAUUAUGUAACCUAGCUUCUUUGGGAUGGUCUUUGAAUGUUUUCCUAGUAAUCGCUAAUACUUCUUGACUUCUCCCUGCAAACAACAUGGCAAUGACACUUUAUCCUGAUUGUUUUCUUCUUUUUGGUUUAUGCUUACUCUAUUUUAAUUAAAUAUGUAUAAAUAAA